AUGGUCCUCGAAACGGCUCCUCGUAAUUGGUAUAGAGAUGAUUUUUUGAUCUCUACCGAGCCGCUUCUUAUUCAGGUUGAUGCGGUCAACGAAGCUAUGAACUCGGAUCUCAUGUGGUGGGCACAGAGCCUUCCUCGGGAUAUGAUGAAAAAGGCGCUCCAUAAUUCAUUGUGUCUCGGAUUAUACGUGCUUCCUAAAUCCACUUCGGAGAUGGCUGGCCAAAGCAGUCCUCAGCAGAUCGGGCUUGUGAGGGUAGUGACUGACGAUGUCACAUUCGCGUAUCUCACCGACGUUUACGUCUUGCCCCAAUAUCAGGGAAAAGGCCUUGGCCGCUGGAUGUUGGAGUGUCUCAACGAAGUUAUUCAAGGCUGGCCUUAUCUACGGCGUUUCAUGUUUUCUACUAGCGACAAGCUGGAUCUAUACCGCCAGUACCUCGGCGCCAAGGACUGGAGUGAAUGUAACACGAGAGGCAUUUCCAUCGGGUUGAUUGAAGGACCAGCAGCGCAGCACCCGGAAUAUGCGUAA